AAUAAUUGCUUAUUUUAAAAAAUCCUUAAUUCUAAUUCUUAAAUCUGUGAGCAAUCCAAAAGAUGCAUGUUCUAAGCAUAGUCCUCAGUACCUCACUGUAUCACAAAGUUAUUGCUUACAUGUUACUUACAUUGUGCUGCCUUGCUUCUGAGUUCCUGUUUUAUAGGAUAGCCACACUGAAGGAAGAUAGCCAGAUUCAUAAGAGGCUGCAGUGCCAUCCCUACUCCUUGGAGGAAGUUCAGCUUGCCAUGUCCUCACCAGAUGUGCUCUCUGAUUGUAUGAUUCUUGUAAUCUGUUCCUUGGUUUUGUUACAGGUGCUGUGGCCACUUCCUGCACUAAGGAUGGACAUUCAUUUCUUCUAAAGCAGUAUAUCUGACUAUUUGCUCCAUACACAUGCAUACCCACAAUACAAUGACCAGUUCUCAGGAGCUCCUGAGCUGGUCUUCCUCUACAACGAUUAUCAAUAAGAGUCUCGAUGAAGAUGAAAGUUUCAGUGGGAUGCAUGGGGAACGUAUACCCUCUGGUGUCCAUCCUUCAUCUGAAGUCAUAGAAGAUGGAAGAGAAAGGGGCUUACCUCACAACAAUGCACCAGACAAUAUAAAUAGUCCAGUGGCCACAACAGUAUUAACCAGUGUGAGUGAAGAUUCCAGGGACCAAUUUGAAAAUAGUGUGCUCCAGUUAACUGAACAAGAUGAUUUAGAAACUACUGUUCAUCAGGGCAAUGGUAACAAUAUAAGUGGACAGAACAACCAUGGAACUGAAGAUAUAAAAAUUCAAUUUAAUAGGACAGGAAGUGGAAAUGGUGGAUUUCUUGAAGGACUUUUUGGCUGUUUAAAGCCAGUAUGGAAUAUUAUAGGAAAAGCCUAUUCUACUGACUACAAACUACAACAACAAGAUACAUGGGAGGUUCCUUUUGAAGAGAUAUCUGAGCUUCAGUGGUUGGGCAGUGGAGCACAAGGAGCUGUUUUCUUAGGCAAAUUUCGAACAGAAGAAGUGGCCAUCAAGAAAGUGAGAGAACAGAGUGAAACUGAUAUCAAACACCUGAGGAAGCUGAAACAUCCAAACGUCAUUGCUUUCAAGGGCGUUUGCACACAGGCACCCUGCUACUGCAUAAUAAUGGAAUACUGUGCACAUGGACAAUUGUACGAAGUGUUGCGAGCAGGUAGAAAGAUAACGCCUCGUUUGCUUGUAGACUGGUCCACUGGAAUUGCUAGCGGAAUGAAUUAUUUACACCUCCAUAAAAUUAUCCACAGAGAUCUCAAGUCACCCAAUGUAUUAGUUACCCACAACGAUACGAUGAAAAUUUCUGAUUUUGGUACUUCUAAAGAACUCAGCGAUAAGAGUACAAAAAUGUCCUUUGCAGGAACAGUUGCUUGGAUGGCCCCAGAAGUGAUUCGUAAUGAACCUGUUUCUGAAAAAGUAGAUAUAUGGCAACUUUCAAUAGUUCCAGAGACAUUUGAUCUAUAUCUUGCACUGAUCUGUUGCCUCUGGCAAAGCAAGCCACGGAAUCGACCUUCUUUUCGACAGACGCUUAUGCACCUUGACAUAGCAUCUGCUGAUGUUUUGGCUACCCCUCAGGAGACUUAUUUCAAGUCUCAGGCUGAAUGGAGAGAAGAAGUAAAGAAGCACUUUGAAAAGAUUAAAAGUGAAGGAACUUGUAUACACCGGUUAGAUGAAGAACUUAUUCGUCGUAGAAGAGAAGAACUCAGGCAUGCCUUGGACAUUCGUGAACAUUAUGAAAGAAAACUUGAAAGAGCCAAUAAUCUCUACAUGGAACUCAGUGCCAUCAUGUUACAGUUGGAAGUUCGUGAAAAAGAGCUCCUCAAACGGGAACAAGCUGUGGAAAAAAAGUAUCCUGGAACUUACAAGCGUCAUCCUGUCAGACCAAUAAUCCAUGCUAACGCAAUGGAAAAAUUAAUGAAGAGAAGAGGACUCUCCCACAAAUCUGGGGGGCAGACUAAACGACCUGACCUGUUGAGAUCUGAUGGCAUAUCCAAUACUGAAGUGGCCCCUAGUGGCUCUCCUCUCUCAGGGAGUCCCAAAAUGACAACACUUAGUAGCAAGGGACGUUACCGCAGCAAACCACGCCACCGGCGAGGAAAUAGCAAAGGCAGUUACAAUGAUUUUACUGGAGUCUUGAAAAAUCAGCCAGCACAGGAUGACUUGGGCCAGCCAAUUCACCAUCAUCACCACCAUCACCAUCAUCACGAUAAUUAUCUUCGACUUAAUAUACACGGACAAGAUAUAGCCAGUUGUGCUAACAACCUACGAUACUUUGGUCCUGCUGCUGCCCUACGCAGCCCUCUUAGCAAUCAUGCCCAACGGAGGAUGUCUGGCUCUAGCCCUGAUCUUAUCUCUGCUGCUGUGGAAGCCGAUUCAAGGAGAAAUCUGGAGGUAAAGAAAGAUGGAGAGAAUAAAGCUGAUUUUUGGGAAUGUUGUCAAACAGAUACAUAUAGUCUCUGUCCUCAGUGCAGACUGGGAGCAAAUGAUGCAAAUCAACAGCAAUCACUUGAUCAAGGGCUAGAACAACCUGAAGGACCAUUGUAUGAUUCAGCGUAUGCAAAUUCGGAGUUUCCUGCAAAGAAUAAAGAAGGUGAAUUCAGCAGCCACAGGUCAGUGUCUCCUCUUGGCUCCUCUCAUCUUGCAAGCACUCCAGGACUGCUGGGUAAAACUCGAUCCAUUCCGAAGAAUGGUGAUGAUUCUUCAGAAGAAGAAGAAGGAGAAGUGGAUAGUGAAGUGGAAUUUCCACGGAGACAGAGGCCACAUCGUUGCAUCAGUAGUUGCCAGUCCUAUUCAACUUUUAGUUCCGAGAACCUCUCUGUGUCUGAUGGGGAAGAGGGCAAUACCAGUGACCAUUCCAACAGUCUGGAUGAGCUGGCUAAUAGGCGGGAAGAUUGUUUGGCUGAGAAGUUCGAUGACAUGCUGUCACAAACUCCAGAAAUCUCCAUUGAGAUAUCUACUCAAUCUGAUGGACUUUCAGAUAAGGAGAGUGCUGUACGCAGGGUGAAAACACAGAUGUCACUUGGCAAAUUGUGUCCAGAGGAUCAUAGUUAUGAGAAUCCUGGGGAGUUUGGAGACUCGGGUGGUGAAUCUUCAGAAGACGACUGUUCUGAUGCGACUGUGAGAACCAGUAAAGUCUGCAACUCUGCAACCUUGUAAUGAUAAAUCUCCUUUAGCCUCAUUACUCAUUUAGCCUCAACUGGCAUUUUGAUUCCACUCAGAAAAAACUUUUUCAUUCCGUCUUUGAGAAGUUGCUCCUCCACCCCAUCAACUAAAUGAUCUGCAAUAACUUGAAUCUUCGGAGAAAUGUUCUGAUGAAUCGGUUUCUCAAUGAGCAUUUCAAUCAUGAAUGGCAGGGAUGUAUUUUAUUGAAUAAUUGAACUAUUGUAUCAUAUUUUUGGCAUUUUAACACUUUUUACUGAAUAAGAUGAUCACUGUCCAUAGGCAAAAUAAUUCAUUACAAAAAUAGAAAGAAAUCUGAAAAAGAAUCAUUUUGAACUUUAAGGGAGCAUAUGUAGAUAGAAUAGAAUUUGUUAUUACUUGGCCAUGUGGCUCUGAAGGGCUGACGGUUUAAAAACACAGCAAUUUCAUUGAUUUCACUAAAACAGUGCAUGAGAUAAUCUAUGAGCAAAAAGUCAUUUGUAUAACCAGUGUAACUUUUUCAACAUAAAGUAUUCACAUUCCAAGGAAAGAGUAUCUGAGAUGCUGUUCCUCAGCAUAAGAAAAUGGAAACUAAUUG